CCUUCAUCGAAAUUGUGGAACAAUUUGGCACUCCAGACGCCCCAAAAUUCGAUCUGAAGUUUUUGAUAUGGCCGACGCAUUUGAGAAAUUGGGAGACUUCAGAAAGCUUCAAGGUCCUGGCCGCGUGGAUCUUAGGGGUAUCCGCAUUUCCGAUCGCCACAACUACUUCAAGAACUUUGAUCCACUCCUUAAGGAAGCUGCUUUUAAGGUUAUCCAUGCAGAUGGCUACAAGAACUCCCGGCAAAAAGCUUCGAGCCUCCUAAGUGCCUUGAAGAUAAAAACCUCAAUCACUGCCUUGAAGUCGAAAUCAGUAGAACCCCUGAUGUGCAUCGAGCUGAACUGCGACUUCGACGUGGUUCUUAUGGCCCCGGAAUCCCAGAUUUACAACGAAGUUAUCAAGUACUUCACUGAUAUGUUGGUUUAAAGAACGUCCUUUGAUUGAGAAUCACUUCAUUUCAUGAAUGUUAGCUAAUACUGGUAUAACAAAUAUAA